UAAUGGAGAAAGAUAAAUUAAUUAUUAAAAUACAAAAACAACAACAAAGGAUACAAAUUAAUAUUCAAAUUUUGAGAAUAUUCCUUUAUUUUUUAUUUCUUUUAUUUUUAAUUCCAAAUAUUUUAGUAGAAGCAUUCCUAAAAGUAGAUGAAAGUGCAGUAACUACGGGAAAAUAUAAAGUACUUAGAAUUGUCCCAAAAACAUUAGACGAGGUUAUCGUCCUUCGAUCUUUAUACAAAAUUGCACAAGAAUAUGAGCUUGAUUUUUGGAAAGGGCCAACAAAUAUUGGUGUUUUUGUUGAUGUAAUGGUUCCCCCAGGCAUUGUACAGUCAUUUAAUAAUUUUCUAGACGAACAAAAUAUUCAGCAUAAUAUAAUUAUUGAGGAUGUACAAAAAAUGAUUUUACAAAGAGAAAAGGCUAACGGCUCAAAUCAACAAAAUUUUAGCUCAUUCAGCCCUUCUUUGUUGAGUGAAUUUUUGUUAUUUAGUAAAAGAAAAAUGAGAGAUGAUUCUACAUAUCAAAGUACAAAUAAAGCAAAAUAUGGAUUUGGAGAAUACCAUUCUUAUCGAGAAAUACAACAAUGGAUGGAGGAUAUUGAAAGAAAUUAUCCACAAAUUGCCCGAACAUUUGCUAUUGGAACAACAUAUGAGGGUAGACCAAUUGCUGGAAUUAAAUUGGGUAAUCCAAUUGAUGAUAUUUCUAAAAGAGCCGUUUGGAUUGAUGGAGGAAUGCAUGCGAGAGAGUGGGCAUCAAUUCAUACAGCUUUGUGGUUUAUAGAAAUGUUACUUACCCAAUUUGGAACAGAUCCAAAAAUUACAGAUUAUAUGAAUACUUUAAACUUUUAUUUCGUUCCAGUUGCAAAUCCAGAUGGAUUUGAAUAUUCUCGUUCUGAUGUUAAUCCCCAAACAAGAUUUUGGAGGAAAAAUAGAGGGCCACAAACUUGUAAAAAAGAUCGUUGGAGACGUGAACGUUGUUGUGGGGGUGUUGAUUUAAACAGAAAUUUUGAUUUUCAUUGGGGAGAGACUGGAUCGAGUUCUGAACUUUGCUCUGAUAUUUUUCAAGGUGAUUAUGCAUUUAGCGAGCCUGAAAGUCGUGCCAUUCGAGAUAAAAUAUUUUCUCCUGAACUUAAUGGAAAACUUGAUGCUUUUAUUACUUUACAUACUUACUCGCAAAUGUGGAUUCAUCCAUUUAAUCACGAAAGACGUAAUUUCCCCAGCGAUAUUGAGGAUUUACAAACAAUUGGACGUCGUGGAGUUCGAGCAAUUGAAGAAGUUUACGGAACAAAAUAUAGAUUUGGAACGGGGGCAGAUAUUUUAUAUCCGUCAGCUGGAGGUUCCGAUGAUUGGGCAAAAGCAAAGGCAAAUAUUAAAUAUGUUUAUUUACUUGAAUUGAGACCUGGAGAAGAAGAAUGGGAUGGUUUUCUUCUUGACCGUCGCCAAUUAAUUCCAACUGGACGAGAAACUUGGGAAGGUGUUAAAGUUGUAAUUGAUGCUGUAAUGAAGAGAAUAAAAGACAACAACAACAAACAACAACAAAGAAUUUUGCCUAUACCAACAAUCCCUACAGCAGCCCCAACAUUUUCUUCUUCUCCACCUCCACCUCCUCCAACAACAACAAUUAGUUCAACAACACAACAACCACAAACUCCACCUAUUGCACAAGUGCCUCCACGUGUUCUUCCACAAUUGGCGCCACAAUCUUCGAUACUAGACUCACGAUCCUCCGCUCCACAAUCCUCGUUAAGGCAAUUUUUACAAAUAAAUAGAAGGGUUGACGGUUCUAUUGGUGGUGGAACAUCAAUUGUUGAAAGACAAAAUAAUAAUGGAGUUAAUUCUAAUGAUUUGAGACAAGCUCUUCAUUUACGUCUUGCAAGGCUUAGACAAAACCAACUUCAAGCUCGUCGAGACUUUGACAGACGAAGUUUAGCACAAUUACAAACACCUGAUCAACAAAGAGCAUUUUGGACGAGUGGAGGUAAUUGA